AUGGGCAGGAAGCAAUUUCGUAAAAAACCUAGUUUUAUUGCACGUGCAUUAAAUGCACGUUACUACACCCCAAAAGUUUUUGUCUUCCUCUCUGAGCUCUCUUUGAUGGCCAAUCAGAAUAGCUUAUGCUCUGAUUUACCUAUUGAAAUUCUCCACGAAAUCUCAAACCAUCUGCCAACCCAUAAGGAUCUCUCCUCCUUCAGACUAGUCUGUUCUCAUUGGCGGAAUUCAGCCCCAAUUAAACCUUGCCUUCCAUUGGUUCUUUUAAAAUCACUUGAAUCCUAUCCCCGCCAUCUCGAAUGUCGCCAUCCCUGUUCAGAACUAGCUUGUUACAAGCUUCAUCGGCGGCGUCGUUAUAUUCCACAAGAAGUUUAUUACGUUUACUGCUCCUACAAAGACUGGCUGCUUACAGCAAGCUUAAAAGAUCAUAAAACACUUGCUAUGACCAUCUACAAUCCGUCCACAAGGAAAUUCAUUUCUCUUGCUGGAACCCAUGAAAUGCUCAAUGUUCUCUCCCCGAAGCCAGGAGCCAUAGAUGGAGAGCUGGAGCAGACAACCGGGUCUCUGCAUUGGCCAUACAGUAUUUGUCUUCGAAAGCUCGUCCUCUCCACAACCUGUACUCAUCCUGUUACAUCCAACAAAGACAACUUGGUUGCAAUGGCGAUACUUGAUUACUUUGGUUCAUCACCGCCGCUCAAACUCGUUUUUUGCAGAGAUGGAGAUGAGACUUGGACUGCAGUGAACAUCCCCUUGGACAGGUUAAGCCUUGCUUGUGUUGGUGGGCGUUUCUUCUACGCACUUGGCAAGGAAUGGAGACUCUAUGCGUUGGACAUUGGACCACCAGUGAAGCUUCGAGUGCUGUCGAUGAGGCCUCCUGGUGUGGCGCAAACACUUGAUGAUUGCCAUUUGGUGGGGUGUUGUGGAGAUCUAUUGAUGGUUUGUCAUGGUUAUGAAUUGAAUCAGGAGAGAUAUGUGUUCGAAGUGUUUAAGGCUGUGAAUUUAGAAGGCGCUGAGCCUAAGUGGAUGAUGGUUGAAGAUUUGGGUGAUCGAGCAAUUUUUAUUAGUUCAUCAACGUCAUCGGAUUUCUCCAUUGAAGCAGCAAGCGAGUAUUUCGAGUGCAGGAGGAACUGUAUAUACUUUUGUCGAAUGUUGAUGACAGGAUAUGACGAGGAGAGAUGUAAGAGGAUGGCUGGAUGGACGGGAGAGUAUGACUUAGAGAAUGGAAACAUCACUUUUCUUUCAGAUGAGUAA